UUUUGCAGGAAAUUGAUUCAGUCAUUGGAAAAGAAAGUAGCUAGGCUAGGAAGCAGUGUGGUAUGUAUUGCCAUUGAGACACUCUCUAUACCUAAACAAAGUAAUCCCGUCUGGCUACCGACCUUCACGCCAGGGAUGAAUUGAACCUGUCGGAUUGAACUGAUUUUCCCGCACAUUAACAGGUCUCUUUUUAAAACACCGCUUGUUUUUAGUGCAGUACCACCACGAUGGAUAGUUGUUGAACAGCACCGUUGAUAUUUGCACAUGCUACGGUCGGCAGAGGAUGGAGCUAUUCCAAGCCAAAGAUCACUAUAUUUUGCAGAGUGGAGAGAAGGCACUCUGGUGUAGUAGAAAGGAUGGGUCGAUAGUCGUCAGACCCGCCACAGACCUGCUGCUGGCCUGGAACCCCAUCUGCCUGGGGCUGGUGGAAGGACUCCUUGGCAAGAUCCAGCUUCACACUGACCUCCCUUUGGGCCUGAUCCUAAUCCGUCAGAAAGCCCUGGUGGGAAAGCUGCCCGGAAACCACGAAGUCUAUAAAAUCACCAAGAUCGUCGUAAUCCCGCUCUCAGACGAUGAGCCACAGGAUUUAGAGCUGGAGCUGUGCAAGAAGCACCAUUUUGGGAUUAACAAACCUGAGAAGAUCACCCAGUCUCCAGAUGAGUCCAAGUUUCUGCUCAAGACCCUCAGCCAGAUUAAAUCCAAUGUGGCUGUUCCCAUCAAGAAGAAGGUCAAAGAAAACAAGGAGAAGGAGCGCCUGGAGAGGCGGUUGCUGGAGGAAUUGUUUAAAAUGUUCAUGGACUCGGACUCCUUUUACUACAGCUUGACCUACGACCUGACAAACACCGUUCAGAGGCAGAACGACAGGGAGAAGACCGACAAACCCCUCUGGCAGAGGGUGGAUGACAGAUUCUUUUGGAACAAACACAUGGUCCAGGAUCUCAUUAACUUGAAUGACGUGCAGGCGGACUCCUGGAUCCUGCCUGUCAUCCAGGGGUUUGUGCAGGCGGAGGAGAUGGUGGUGAACUACAGUGACAGCUCUGACGAAGAGAAGAGCAGCCCUGAGACCUCUCCCCAGGAGCCCCCCUGCGUGGACGACAUCUACCCCCGCUUCCUGGUGGCACUCAUCUCCCGGAGGAGCCGGCACCGUGCAGGGAUGCGCUAUAAACGACGAGGGGUCGACAAGAACGGCAACGUGGCAAAUUACGUGGAAACAGAGCAGCUGAUCCACGUGCACAACCACACCCUGUCCUUCGUGCAGACUCGCGGCUCCGUGCCGGUGUUCUGGAGCCAGGUGGGGUAUCGCUACAAUCCCCGGCCCCGACUGGAAACGGGAGAAAUGGAGACCAUUCCUUUCUUUGCGGCUCAUUUUGAAGAGCAGUUGAAGAUCUACAAGAAGCAGGUCAUCAUCAACUUGGUGGACCAAAGCGGGAGGGAGAAGCUGAUCGGAGACGCGUACCUGAAGCAAGUGCUGCUCUACAACAACCCCAACCUUACCUACGUGUCCUUCGAUUUCCACGAGCACUGCCGAGGGAUGAAGUUUGAAAACGUCCAGACCCUCGCUGACGCCAUUGGUGACUUAAUCACAGAUAUGAAGUGGGGCUGGGUGGACCAGGCUGGGGUGAUCUGCAGGCAGGAAGGCCUGUUCCGAGUGAACUGCAUGGACUGCCUGGAUCGUACCAAUGUGGUGCAGGCGGCUAUAGCCCGCGUGGUCAUGGAACAGCAGCUGAAGAAGCUGGGGGUGAUGCCUCCAGAGCAGCCUCUCCCCCCGAAGUGCUACAGAAUCUACCAGAUCAUGUGGGCCAACAACGGGGACACCAUCAGCAGGCAGUACGCUGGCACUGCCGCCCUGAAGGGGGACUUUACCAGAACGGGUGAGAGGAAGCUGGCUGGUGUUAUGAAAGACGGAGUGAACUCUGCAAACAGAUACUACCUGAACCGAUUCCGGGACACCUACAGACAAGCUGUCAUAGAUCUGAUGAUGGGGAUCCCGGUGACAGAGGACCUGUACACAGUCUUCACCAAGGAGAAGGAGCACGAGGCUCUGCAGAGGGACAGCCAGCGCAGCCAGCAGGAGCAGGUCAGCCUCCUGCUGCAGAACUACAUGAGGCUGCUGCUGCCAGAGGAGGAGAAGUUCCACGGGGGCUGGGCGCUCCUCGACUGCGAUCCCAGUCUGAUUGAUGCCACCCAUAAGGAUGUGGAUGUUCUGCUGCUGCUGUCUAACUGUGCCUACUACGUGGCGUACUACGAUGACGAAGCUGACAAAGUCAACCAGUAUCAGAGGCUGAGUCUAGAAAACCUGGAGAAGAUAGAAAUAGGCCCUGAGCCCACGUUCUUUGGGAAGCCCAAGUUCUCCUGCAUGAGGCUGCAUUACAAACACCAGGAGACCAGCGGGUACUUCCACACGCUCCGAGCCGUGACCCGCAGCCCAGAGGAAGAUGGGAAAGAUACUCUUCAGUGCAUCGCUGAAAUGCUGCGCAUCACCAAGCAGGCCAUGGAACUGGACGUAGCUGUUGUGGAGAAGAAGCUGGAGAGAAGGCACAGCAAACCCCAUGAGGACAUCAUCAGCAUCCGGACCAAGAACAGCGAGGGCCAGGUUCUGGGGAGCAUGGGCCUGGCCCAGGGCAAGAACUUCCUGCUCAACAAAUUCUCCUCCCUGAACCAGAAAGUCAAGCAGACCAAGUCCAAUGUGAACAUGGGGAGCUUCAAACCCCUGGGGAAGCUGGGCAGCUUUUCUAAGCCAGAGAUGAAGGUCAACUUUCUGAAGCCCAACCUGAAGGUGAACCUCUGGAAAUCCGACAGCAGCUUGGAGACUUCGGACAGCACCGUGGCGGGGGCUCUCAAGGACCGCUCGGAGUCCGACCUGGAGAUCUCCUCGGACUCAGACUCCUUUCACUCCAACGAGUUUCUGCCCAAUGAAGACGAGGACAGGCAGCUGGCCGGCUCUCUGGAGAACUUUGACUACGUUCUCCCCAGCUGCGGCAUUGUGGCUGCAGCUCCUCGCUUGGGGAGCCGCACACAGUCCAUCACCAGCACCGACAUCUCUGGCAUUCCGGCUCCUCCCUCCAUGAUCUGCGUCACAGACUGUGACCGCAAGCCGGAAAACCAGCCAGAGAAUAAUGGCAAGUCUUACGAGCAUCCGACACCCUCGGAGGAAGCCGCUCUGAUUGAUUUCGGGACCCCCAUCGAUGCCUAUUGCCAGCAGUUUGUGCAGGAUGCACAAAGCAAAGAUCCCUCCAUGGAGGAGCUUGGUUUCAACCAACCCCUGCCAGCUUCAGGUCACAGCAGCAGUAACCCUCCCAGAGAUGUAGAAGGGCAUCCGGAGCAGAGGGAUCAGCAGCUGUCCAGGCCUUCCCAACUUGACGUGGCUACCUCUUUGGAAGCCAAUCUGCUCUCCGUCCAGCCAGCCACUUCUGCGGCUUCUUCAUCCUCGCAGAAGAGCCUGGGCUCUCAGCUGCAGGCCAGCACAGGCCCAUCCCCCGCGGAGGGCAACGGCAGCCGGGUGGCGUCUCCCUUCGCCAAGAUCCGCAGCUCCAUGGUCCAGGUGGCCAGCAUGACCCAGGCAGGCCUGACCCAAGGCAUCAACUUUGCCGUGGCCAAGGUCCAGAAGAGCCCCGAACCGGAGUCUAUUAACGAAGCCCAGCAGAGCGACUUCAAAGCAAUGUUUACACAGUGCCAGACAAGGAUCAUCCAGAUUUAGCCUUCUCUGUUUUGGACUUUUUCCCCCAGUAGAUUCUCUCUUGUCUGUGUGGCUUCUAGUUAAGCAUCAGUAGAUAUAAGCUUGCACAAAGAAGAAGCUGUCUUAGAGGAUUAACACAAUCCUGUAGCGAAGAUCCCUGCUUCCAGAAAAAGCUCCUUUACCAAUGUUUACAGCAUUUGUAGUGUAGAAGAUAUGCAAGGUAGGAGAACGGUGUGACUGUGCCCUCUGUCCUGGCUCAAGAACUCCAAAAUGAGAGGUUCCCAUAGUUUGGUUUAAAACAACUGUCUUUGUAUUUCAGGUAUUUACAAGGAAUGGUGGUGGAUUGUCAGUGCAAAUUAGUGCCAUUUCUCAAAGCAACAGAAUAUUAUAAACCUCUAAACCUCUAAAGUUAAGGCUCUGAUAAACAAAUCUUUAGGUUUUCUAAGUUUUAAAAUUGUAGUAUUUUUGUGUUCAAGUAUUCCUAAUUGUAUUACCAAUAGCAAUGAUGUGACAUGUGCUCUUGGCUAUUGUCUUUUAGCACAGAUGCAAAAAGGAUAUGCAAAUACAGCAGUUUUACAGUAUAUAAAACUAUGGGUAUUGAAACUUAGCGGUUGAUCUGAUCAACCUUUACCACGCUGGCAUAAACCAAAACUAGAUUUCUUUAAAGCAUUUUAUACUACUGAGGAAUCCCCCCGGAUUGCUUCAGCCACUUAUUUUUAGGGGUGAUCCCGAGAGAACCACAGAGAGCUCGUUGAAGCAAUCCAGGGUGCUGUAAAAUGCUCUCAAACAAUCCAGGUGGUCCCAGCGGGAUAUGUGUUCGGUAACGGUUUGAAUAAUUUGUACAUGAGAGAGGACACAGGGCGAAAACCUGAAGAUUUUAUUUUUUUACAGCCUUAACAAAUUAUCGCUCUGGAAAGGGUACACAGUCACUGAGUCUAACCAGUGUCACAGGAAGUUGGUCAACCGGGAAAUAAGUUGACAUCAUGUGUACUGCGCAUGAGCGCAUUUCUGAAUUUAAAGGGAGGGUUUGUUGGAAAUUCAAUGACGAUUACAGGACUGAAACACCCUUUUUUCAGAAACAAAAACAAAGGUAAUUGUGUUUAAAAAUGUGAUGUUUGUCAUCUUAUCUAUCUAGGUGUAAAAUCAAUUCAUGUUUAAUUAAUUUUUAUCUUCAGAUCGAUUGCACCUCGCAAAUAUUUUUUUUUUAUUUAUUUUACGAUUUUAUGGUAACAAAUUUUAAAACAAAGACGGCGAUCAGCCUCAGGCAGAUUAUACAGGAUGUUCAACUAUUAAGGAUCAUAGACAGAAAAUGGCAUCUGGUAUGAACCCUCCCUUUUAAAUUCAGAAAUCCACGCCCGCGCAGUAUGGACGAUGUCGGUUUCCAGUGACAGCGACAUGCAGCAUGAAAGAAGAGCAAUAGUUUUCCUCUGAGGGGGUUCAGGUUAGGUUUACAAGUACACUGGAACUGGCACAGUGCCGUUCUAACUGAAGCUCACAUCAAGUCCUGCUUUAGACCAGCGCUGGGGCUCAGUGGUCCAGGGACUCUAUAUCUACUGGCACUGUGUAUUGUGGCACCCAGGCUGCCUGUCUCCUUGUUUCAGGCAGAUUUUCCAACGGUGACAUUUCAAAAUGUGCGUAAUAGUGCUGACACUGGACAAAAUCAGGCUGUUCCUAACUUUAAGGUGUGACUAUCACUGCUUUAAAUUCUUAUUAGUGUCGUUCUAAUCUGCCCCUUGUAGAUUUAUCUUCCACCUCGGUGAGACCCAGUUAUCCUGUUACUCUUUCCAUUCACUUCCUGUGUUACAAGAAAUAGGACCCCAACACUGGAUGUGAGUGUAAACCUCAGGUAGGAGCCUAUUGUCUGUAACACAGGAAGGAAGUGCACUUAUAAUGUUGUGACAGGAACAGUGGGUUUCACCUUAAGUAAAAAUAAAACACAAAGGGGGGGCUGUGAGAAAGUUGUUAAUGAGAACUUGUGUUUUACAGCAUUGAGGAUUACUCCUUUAGUAAGAAUAAGUCUUUCCAUUAACUUAUGCAUUCCCUCUCUAAAAUGCUCUGAACUAAUUAGUUACCAGAGAAGUAGUUGUAUUUUUAAAGAGAAGUUAUACAGUGAGCUUGCGUGUUCACACAUUCCUGGUAGCUGAAAUGGUUGUCUUUACUAUACCGCUUUACUAAAAAAAAUAAAGGUAAUCAUGUAUUAAUAUUAAAUUCUUGUGUAGAACAUGUUUUUGACCCCGCAAUUCUCCAAUUCAAGGGAUAAGAGUUGCUUAAUUUUCAAAAAGGUUUCCUGUUGAUGUGCUUUGACCGUGACCAUGGUUAGAAUAGGAAUAAUAAAUAGCGGGUAGUGUUGAUCAGUGAGGUUUAUUAAAAAACUGGGACAGAUCUGCACAGAACAGAACCUAUAUCAAUUAUUAGCUGAAAGCAGAAAUGUAUCAAAUAUAUCUAUCUAUCUAUCUAUAGGCAAUAGUACUGUCCGAGAGCCUGCACUUAGAGUGCUGUGUAUUAACUGUACAGCCCCAGUAGCCUUGUUGUUCUAGAAUGAAAGCCUCUUUUGGUACAUGUGUGUGUUUUACAUUCUCAAGUGUCUUACACGUUGUUGGGUGUUGUACCGCCUCCUGUGUCGUGAGGUCAAGCAGCAGCAGAAUUCUCGUCACCUCUGGUAUUCAGACUUUUAUUGUACAUGUUUUAAAUGUCUUUAUUUAUUCCUGUUUUAUCACAGUACUGUUUUUUAUUUGUUUCUCUUUGGAGUGUUUAAAUAAACAUAAUAAAAAAUAAUAAACUUCAUGUCUUUACAUAAGGGGUAAAUAAACGGUAUGCUGUAUUUUAAAUUGUGAGGGAUGUACAAGGGGAAAUAUUUUAAUAAAAAAAGAAUAAA